AUGGUCACCGUCCUUGAACAUUGCAAAGUUUCUCCACCACCUGGCACUACCUCUGAGAAAACACUCCCUCUCACCUUUUUUGACCUUCGUUUGGUCCGCUUCCCUCCCAUGAAAAAUAUCUUCUUCUACGAAUACGCAAAUAUUUCCAAGAGCCAUUUUAUGGAGUCCAUCAUUCCAAACCUUAUACAUUCAUUAUCCCUCGCCCUCAAAUACGUCCCUCCUUUUGCUGGAAACUUGAUAUUUCCUCCAAAUUCUGGCAGGCCUCAAAUCCAUUAUUUAGAAGGUGAUUCAGUCUCCAUGACCAUUGCAGAGUGUAGCGGUGAUUUUAAUCAUCUCACGGGGAGGAAAAUGAUAGAUGCGAUAGAAUAUCACUCCCUUUUCCCUCAACUUCCACCAGGAUUCAUGUCACAUGACACACUAAUCGUUCCAAUUUCGGCUUUUCAAGUAACACUCUUUCCAAAUUCAGGCAUUUGUAUGGGAUUCAAUAUACAUCAUACGGUAGCUGAUGGCCAGGCCACCGCCGUUUUCAUGAGAAUUUGGGCUGCAAUCUCAAAAGGAGGAGAUGAAGCAUGUGUGGGUCGUGAACUUGAGCCAAGUUUGGAUAGGACUCGGCUCAGGGACCCUAAAGGGCUUGAAGUGGAGACUGCUAUGUGGAAUUAUCUCAAGAAAACAAAGUAUGAUGGAUUACAACCUCCAUUGCCUACCAACAAGGUUCGAGCCACAUUUGUAAUCAAUCAAGCCACUGUUCAACAGCUCAAGAAAGUAGUGCUAGCCCGAUACCCCUCUCUAUCACGGGUAACAACCGUCACUGUUAUAUGUGCCUAUGUAUGGUCUUGCAUGGCAAAGGCAAGAGCAGCAAGUGGUGAACGUAAGGCAGCUGAAGAUGAUGAUGAAAUUGUACAUUUCCUUACCGAGGUAGAUUGUAGACCUCGAUUGGACCCGCCUUUGCCUGCAAACUAUGUUGGUAAUUGCCUGGCACCUGCCCUGGCUAGUGUUAAGAUGUCCCAGUUGAAGGGAAGUGAUGGUUUUGUCAUUGCAGCUAAAAUCAUACGAGAUUCAAUUCACAAAAGGCUGCAUGAUGCAGGAGGAGUGCUGAAAGGAGCUGAGAAUUGGGCGCAAGAGAUGGACGCAGCAUAUAAAACUUGGGUUUUUGAAAGUUUUUCAUCACCUAAGUUUAGCAUAUACAGUAUUGAUUUUGGGUGGGGAAGACCUAAAUCAAAUGAAGAUAUUUGCGCUGAUGAAUUUGAAGCAUUUGUAAUAACUGAUGGCCAAAAUGAAGGGGAGAUUGAAGUUUUCUUAUCAUAUCCCAGGCCUAUAAUGGAUGCUUUUACAUCCAUUUUCAGCUCUGGGCUUCAAACUUUAGAUGAUGAAGUUAAGAAACUUGGAGCAAACCACUCCAUAAGGACUGCGUAUGAUCAGACUCAGAGAAUCGUUGCUUUGGCUAAAGCUGGAAGUAUGUCUAUAAA